GUUGUUGCUUUUAGCGCAAUGGCCGUGUGUUUACAUUAUUAUUUGAAAAUUCAUUGUUUAUUAUUUAAUUACCUAGUCACAAUUUGCUCUAAUCAGUGUUGCAUUCCUUAAAUAUACGAAAGUAUGGUUGAUUUUGUGAAUUUUGAAAAGAAAUAUUAAUGAUUAAUCCAAAUGUUUGUAUUGACUACGUUAGCUAUUUAAAAAUUGUAAAGAAACAAGAUGUUCAUAUACUUAAGUAAGAAAAUCGCCAUACCAAAUAACGCAAGAAUAAACUGUCUUGCUUGGAACAAAGAAGAUGGUUACUUAGCUGUAGGAGGAGAGGAGGGACUGCUUAAAGUUUUAAAGUUAGAUUCUGGAGGUAAAUCUGAGUCUGACGAUAAGCCAAAGGGUCUAGCAGCUUCAAGUAAUCUAUCAAUGAACCAAACAUUAGAUGGACAUUCAGAGGAUGUCCGUGUUAUAAUGUGGAAUGAAUUACACCGAAAAUUAACAAGUAGUGAUGAGAGUGGAAUUAUUAUAGUGUGGCUGAUGUAUAAGGGGACAUGGUACGAAGAAAUGAUAAAUAAUAGAAAGAAAUCAACUGUUGUAGGCAUGGAUUGGAGUAGUGAUGGACUGAAAAUAUGCAUUGUUUAUGAAGAUGGUGCAGUAAUUGUAGGAUCAGUUGAUGGCAACAGAAUCUGGGGAAAAGAACUAAAAGGAAUACAUUUGUCAGGUGUCCAGUGGUCUCCUGAUGGUAAAUUACUUCUUUUAAGUACAAAAAAUGGUCAAUUACACCUAUAUGAUUAUCAGGGCAAUUUUGUAAUGCCAAUUGAAGUGUAUUGCCAAGCAGAUUUGUUAAGUGAAACUCCUGUUGUUAGUCUAGACUGGUAUAAUGGUAAGAAUGGAAUUUUAAGGGAUUCCUGUGCAGUCUUGGCCAUAUGUUUUAUAAAUGGUCGAAUACAGUUAAUGAUAAAUGAGAGUGAUACUAACCCCACCAUCAUUAAUACACAAAUGUUCAGUACACACUGUAGUUGGAACCACAAUGGCUCUCUACUGGCAGUUUCAGGACGACAGCAUGAAAACAACAAAGAAAGCAAUGUUGUACAGUUUUACAGUCCUUUUGGUGAUCAUUUACGCACAUUAAAAGUUCCUGGAAAUUCAAUUUCAUGCUGCGUUUGGGAAAAAAGGUCCUUGAGGGUUGCCUUAGCCAUUGAUUCCUUUAUAUAUUUUGCCAACAUAAGGCCAGAUUACAAAUGGUGCUAUUUUAAGAAAACGGUUGUCUACACAUACAACAAUAGGGAAGGAAUUUGUGUUACAUUUUGGGAUACUGUUAAUAACCACUAUCACACCAAAAGUAUCCCCAAUUUAUUAGCCCUAGCUGCUUUUGGAGAUUACUGUGUUCUUGCCACUAUUAAUGAAAGUGAAAACAGCAAAGAAAACAAGUACAAUCUUCUGCUGUGUAACACUCUAGGAACGCCUGUGGAUGGAAAAAACGUAGUUAUAGAGCCCCAGUGGAUUGCCAUGAAUUCCUCUUAUGUCAUAGCAGCAUCUAAAGAUAACUUUCUCAUGUGGCAAUAUAAAACACCUAGGUCUUUAUCUUCUGCCCGUAACCGAUGUAAAAUGUACCAUAUAGAUGACACUCCAUCAGGUGCUAUUGAAAUUAUUCAAGAACUUGAACAACCCGUGAAUAUUUCAGUUAAUACUUACAUCACAAAAGAUCCAAUUUGCUGUUUAACAGCUUCUAAUAAAUCUCUGAUAAUUGGUAGAGAGUCUGGCACUUUACAGCAUUAUGCUUUGCCCCAUACAGCGUUAGUAAAUAAAUAUAAAUUGUCAUCAAAGCCUCACAAACUGAGGCUAAAUUGUAACUCGACUAGACUUUCGGUAAUUGAUAUUUCGGGAAUACUUAUAGUAUUGGAUAUUUCAGAUGACAAUAUCAACACAUACCAGAACGGAAAAUUAGAGAGAAAGGAUGUAUGGGCCAUGUGUUGGGCUUCAGAUAAUCCACAACUGCUAUCUGUAAUGGAGAAGACCCGCAUGUACAUAUUUAAAGGCGUCCAUCCUGAAGAGCCCAUCGCUUGUGCAGGAUACAUUUGUAGUUUCAAUGACCUGGAAAUUCAAGCUGUUUUGCUGGACGAAAUAAUCGAAGCCCCAGAAAAACCAAACGGUAAUCAUAUAAUAAAAUUAGAAGUAAAAAGUUUAAGAGAUACCAGACAAUUGCUGGAAAAAGUAGGCAUUACAGAAACAAUUCAGUUUAUAGAAGACAACCCACACCCUAGGCUAUGGAAACUACUCGGGGAAGCUGCACUUAAAGAUUUAAACUUAACAACUGCAGAGUCUGCAUUCGUACGUUCCCGAAACUAUUCUGGUAUACAACUGGUUAAAAAAUUACAAACCAUAAAUGGAAAUGCAAUAAAAAAGGCGUACGUUGAGGCUUAUUUGGAAAAUUUCGAAGAAGCUGAAAGACUAUUCAUAGAAGCUGACAGAAGGGAUUUGGCCCUAAGUCUACGCCAGACUUUAGGCGACUGGUUUCGAGUUAUUCAAAUAAUGAAAAACGGUGUCACAGCUCCUGACCUUCUCCUGGAAACUGCGUACAAUUCUGCAGCAGAUUAUUUCGUUCACAAUAAUAACUGGGCCGCUGCCGCAGAAUAUUACGAACUUUCGAAAAACAUUUCCGGACUGAUCGAAUGUCACUUUCAUUUAGAAAACUUGGACGCGUUAGAAAAGCUCAUUGACAAAUUACCAGAAAAAGACGCUUUGCUAAAAAGAUUGAGCGACAUAUUCGCUUCUAACGCUGUUAUUGGUCCUGCCGUUAAAUGUCUACUGAAAAUAGGGGAUGCCAAAUCAGCGGUUGAUCUAUGCAUAAGCCACAACAACUGGGACCAGGCAAUUCAUUUGGCGACGCAAUACCGUUUGCCUGAAAUAGCAAACAUUUUUAAGACAUACUCGGCCCAUUUAGUGGAUCAAAAUCAAUUACUGAAGGCGGUCGAGGUCAACAAGCAAACAAAUUUCUAUUUUACCGCCGCCGUGCAUGCAACAAAACUCGCUCAAAAUGAAAUAAAUAAAUCAAAUCGUAAUUUAUUAGACAUCAAAAAGUUAUUCGUAUAUUCAGCAUUACUAAUGGAACUUAGUAAAACCAAAUCUGCAGAGGAAGAAGUUCUGAACAGCGAUUCCGAUAUGCUCCUAGUUGACAGUGCUUGGAGAGGGGCAGAAGCUUAUCAUUUACUUAUAUUAAUUCAUGAGCACUUGUAUGCUAAUAAGAUUCAUAACGCCACAAUUACAGCAUUUAAAUUACAGGAAUAUUGCGACAUCAUCCCUCCACAAGAAGUAUAUUCAAUUCUAGCACUGGUUUCAUGUUUAGACAACGAAUUUGGUCUAUGCUCGAAUGCUUUUACUAAACUACAAACAUUACCAAACAUUACAAAGGCCGAAAAGGAAGCUUACGAUAAACUAGCUGUGGAUAUUUUUACAGCACAAGAUCCUGUUGAUCUAAAAACGUACACACUUAAAUGUUACAAUUGCGAAGUGCCUGUAAUAGAUUGGUGCACUUCUUGUUCUAAUUGCAAUGCAAAUUUUCCAUCUUGUAUGGUUUCAGGGUGUCCCCUAAUAAAUAACGUUGAAGACAAGUGGUCAUGUAAUGUUUGUCAUCAUGUUGCUAAAAGUGUUUAUGCAAAUUUUAGAAAAUCUUGCCCUUUAUGUCACACUAGCAUCGAAAGAAAUUCUAGCAAUUAUAAAUAGAGUUAAGUAACGUUUAAAAGCACAAAUCCGUCCACAUUUCUGAGAACGAUGUUUUGUUUACACAAUUAUGCUGUAAGAUCUCAUUAAUUUUAAGUUUAAAACAAAUAAGAUUAUGAGCAUUAUAUUUUUAUUAAUUAAUCUAUUUUGCUAUAUAUUCAAGUACACUUUUGUCUAUCAAAUUUU